UCCCGCGGCUGCACGCUGAGCUCGGUGACCGUGGUUUACACGCCCUGGAGCAACCUGCGCAAAACGCCCGACAUGGACGUGGGGCAGAUCGGCUUCCACCGCAGCAAGGACGUCCGUUCGGUGACGGUGGAGCGGCGCGGGGCGGAGCAGCUGCGCCGGCUGGAGCGGACGCGCGUGGAGCGCUUCCCGGACCUGGCGGCCGAGCGGGAAUGCCGGGACCGGGAGGAGCGGGGGCGGCGCCGCAUGGAGCUGCAGGAGCAGCGGCGGGAGCAGCGCGAGGAGCAGCGCCGGAAAAAGGAGAUGGAGGAGCUCAGGAGCUACUCGUCCCUGAUGAAGGCCGAGAACAUGUCCUCCAACCAGGACGGGAACGACUCCGACGAUUUCAUGUGAGGAUCCCUCCGGCCCCGGGAGGAUCCUUCCGGAAUUCCAGGAAAAUGGAAAGUCCCAGGAAAUUGGAAAUUCCCAGGAAAAUGGAAAUCCGAGGCACAGGAACUCGGGCUCCGGCCCCACGGGGACCUCGGGAGCGCUCCCGGACUUUGGGGGAAUUCCCGGGAAUGUCGGAGCCAACAAAGGAACAAAGGCUGGGAUCGGC